UGCGCGCGUGGAGUCUGGCGUCACUCGGUCGCGCCCAGGUUCUCCUCGGCGGUGGCCCUCGGUCCCGGCCGCGGUGGGGCUGGAGGUCGUCCUGGAUGUGAAGACUGCAUCCCCCUGCCUUCAGUGCCAGCAGUUUCUCUGUUCUGUAAUCAAUGUGAUUCACAGGAGCUUCUUAAGUGACAAACGAAAUGAGCCCAGGGCGUGGAAAAUAUGAUUUCUAUAUUGGUUUGGGAUUGGCUAUGACCUCCAGCAUUUUCAUAGGAGGGAGUUUCAUUUUGAAAAAAAAAGGCCUUCUGCGACUUGCCAGAAAAGGAUCCAUGAGAGCAGGUCAAGGUGGCCAUGCAUAUCUUAAAGAAUGGUUGUGGUGGGCUGGACUACUGUCAAUGGGGGCAGGCGAGGUGGCCAACUUCGCUGCAUAUGCCUUUGCACCAGCCACGCUAGUGACUCCACUGGGAGCUCUCAGCGUCCUUGUAAGUGCCAUUCUUUCUUCAUACUUUCUAAAUGAAAGACUUAAUCUUCAUGGGAAAAUCGGAUGUUUGCUAAGCAUUCUAGGAUCUACAGUUAUGGUCAUCCAUGCUCCAAAGGAAGAGGAGAUUGAGACGUUAAGUGAAAUGUCACACAAGUUAGGUGAUCCAGGUUUUGUGGUAUUUGCAACAAUUGUGGUCAUUGUGUCCUUGAUAUUAAUCUUUGUGGUGGGACCUCGCCACGGACAGACAAAUAUUCUUGUGUACAUAACAAUCUGCUCUGUGAUUGGAGCGUUUUCAGUGUCCUGUGCAAAGGGCUUGGGCAUCACCAUCAAAGAACUGUUAGCUGGAAAGCCUGUGCUUAGUAGGUCAGAUUCUGAUCAAAACUUUCAUUUGAAAGAUCACCAACUACAGGACCAACUCCAUCUACAUGAGGCAGUUCACCUAGCCUUUGGGAAUAACAGCUAA